CAGAAUCACUUAACACCACUCUCAAAAUCUGCUUUCCACACAAAAGUUUCAGAUACAAACUAUUCAACACAGCACACAGAAUAGAAAAACAUCAACAACUAUAUACUAUAAUAAAAUAUUAUAUAUAUUUCUUCAAUAUGGUCCUGUUUUGCAUGAAAGAUAACAUCACAAAAACAAACACAAAAACUACUUCAAUGACUCAUCAAUCUUCUUGGAAAUCUCAUGAACAAAUUGAUCAAGAAUUGAAGAAACCCCACCAACCCAAAAAUAAGGAGCAACAACUAAAACAAGAGACGGUUAUUGUUGAGGCUGCAGAGGAAGUGGUUAUGUCUAAUAUUGUAACAGAGUUAGGUGUUGAAGCAGAGGAGGAAAGUGGAAGAGAGAGAUUGAAGAGACAUAGAGUUGAAAUGGGUGGAAAUGUAUGGAUUCCAGAUUUAUGGGGACAAGAAGAGUUUUUGAAGGAUUGGAUUGAUUGCACAAAAUUUGAUCCUCCUUUGAUUUCUUCCAACAAAAUUGUUACUGCUAGAACAGCUUUGGUUCAAGAAGCAACUGGUGGUGGUACUGCUGGAUUCAGAUUUCAUUAUAGCUGUUGAGUUUUUAUUUUUUAGUUUAGCCAUUACCAUAUAUUAAUUAAUAUAUAGUAUGUUAUUGUGGAUGUUUUAUGCAUCUUAAUCUUUGUAUAAUCAAUAUCUAUAUUUUUUUUAAAAAUUGUUUUGAAUA